UAUUAUCCCUUUCUCCAUUUUUCUCAUGUCUUCUACUUAAAUUCUUCCCCUUGUUAAUUGAAUUAAUUAAAUAGGGUUCUUUCUAUUAAUUGUUUUCUCCUCUUAAUGUUCAUGAAAAGAAAAGAAAAGAAAAGAAAAAAAUAAUUUGAUCUUGGUAGAGAAAUGGGUGAUUCUUCUGCUCAAUACAUUCACAUGGUGCAACACUUGAUAGAAGAGUGUAUAAUAUUCAACAUGAACCAAGAAGAAUGCAUGGAUGCACUCUCUAAACAUGCAAAUAUUCAGCCUAUUAUCACUUCCACAGUGUGGAAGGAAUUGGAGAAAGAAAACAAAGAGUUCUUUGAGGCAUACAACAAGAAAAGGGGAGAUGAAAAAAGAUCAUCAUCAAUACAUGAUGAAUUGGAGACGACAAGACAAAGAAUCCAUAAUAUGAUGUUGGAUUCUUCCUCUAAUAAAGAUUCCAAUGACAAGUGACAACAAUUAUAUUAUUAGUAUUAUAUAAGUAUUAGCAAAUUUUGCCUUCUUUUCUAUUCUUGGGUCAAUAAUGUUUGAUGUGAACUUUCAAAUCUAGCUCUAUGGUUAGUUUAUUCAAAUGGUUCUAAGGGGUAACAAAACAACAAGAUAGGGUUCAUGAAGGGAAGAUGGUCCUAGGUUGUCUUAUUCCUGCAUAUAUGAAUAAUAUUAAAAAAAUUAAUAAGAGAAAAGUUUUAAGUUUU